UGUAACUCCUCUUUUGCUCCUCUUACGCUUUACUCUGUUUAUUUCCAUGUUUCCUCUCUCUGUGUUUCUCCUGACUGUCUUUGGUCUCUCUCUGUGUUUUUCUUGUCUCAGGCACCCUCAGGAAGACCCCAAGCCUCUAGCGGUACCUGGUAUCAUCUCCAGCAUGUUUAUAGAUGUGGAGGAUUCCCUGGGAUAUUGAGAAAUACCAGAGGCGCAUUGUUCUCCUGUAGUCACAGUAAUGAAAGGCAGUAACAGAAAUAAGGAUCAUUCAGCAGAAGGAGAAAGGGCUGGAAAACGACCAAAACGAAAGUGUCUUCAGUGGCACCCACUGCUAGCAAAGAAACUGCUGGACUUUUCAGAAGAGGAGGAAGAGGAAGACGAAGAAGAGGAUAUUGAUAAGGUUCAACUUCUUGGGGCCGAUGGCCUAGAGCAAGAUGUUGGUGAGACUGAUGACGAAUCACCAGAACAGCGAGCCCGGAGACCAAUGAAUGCAUUUCUCCUAUUUUGCAAACGUCAUCGCUCCCUUGUACGUCAGGAACACCCCAGGCUUGAUAACCGAGGUGCUACCAAGAUACUGGCUGAUUGGUGGGCUGUUCUAGAUCCAAAGGAAAAGCAGAAAUAUACAGACAUGGCCAAGGAGUAUAAAGAUGCAUUUAUGAAAGCAAAUCCUGGCUACAAAUGGUGUCCUACCACAAAUAAGCCUGUGAAAUCCCCAACACCCACUGUCAACCCACGAAAGAAACUAUGGGCCUUCCCAUCUGACUCUUCAAGAGAUUUGCCGAGCCCCAAGAAAGCAAAGACUGAAGAAAUGCCUCAGCUAAACUUUGGAAUGGCUGAUCCUACUCAAAUGGGAGGCCUGAGCAUGCUGCUUUUAGCUGGAGAACAUGCUCUUGGCACACCAGAGAUAUCCUCUGGCACUUGUAGGCAGGAUGUUUCAGAAUCCCCUGAAUUACGUCAGAAGUCCCCGUUAUUUCAGUUUGCUGAGAUAUCUUCCAGUUCGUCCCACCCUGAUACUCCUUCAAAACAGUGUCAAGCAUCAGCCUUGUUUCAGUUUGCAGAGAUUUCUUCGAACACUUCGCAGUUGGGUGGUGCCGAGCCCAUGAAGCGCUGUGGGAAGUCGGCACUCUUUCAACUGGCAGAGAUGUGUCUGGCAUCGGAGGGGGUUAAAAUGGAGGACUCAAAGCUAAUAAAGGCAAAAGAAUCAGAUGGUGGAAGAAUUAAAGAAUUGGAGAAGGGAAAGGAACAAAGAGAAAUAAAAAUGGAGAAAACAGAUGAAGCCAGGCUACAGAAAGAAGCAGAAUUUGAAAAAUCAGCUAAGGAAAAUGUCAGAGAUUCUAAGGAGCUAAGAAAUUUUGAGGAGCUGCGAAUGGAUGAUAUAAUGGAUAUAAAAAUGGAAGAUCCCAAAGAAAUUAAAAAGGAAGAACUAGAGGAAGAUCAACAAUGUAGUCACUUCCCUGAUUUUUCUUAUUCUGCCAGUAGCAAAAUCAUAAUAAGCGAUGUUCCCAGUAGAAAGGAUCACAUGUGCCAUCCUCAUGGAAUUAUGAUCAUUGAAGAUCCCACAGCAUUAAACAAACCAGAGAAGCUAAAAAAGAAAAAGAAGAAAAGCAAAACGGAUCGACAUGGAAAUGAUAAAUCCACACCCAAGAAGACUUGCAAAAAGAGGCAGUCUUCAGAGUCAGACAUCGAGAGUGUCAUCUACACCAUUGAAGCUGUUGCAAAGGGAGACUGGGGCAUUGAGAAACUUGGAGAAAGCCCUCGCAAGAAGGUCCGCACAUCCUCAAGUGGCAAGGGAAGCAUUUUGGAUGCCAAGCCACCAAAGAAAAAAGUGAAAUCAAGAGAGAAGAAAAUGUCAAAGGAGAAAUCCUCAGACACCACCAAAGAGUCAAGACCUCCAGAUUUCAUUAGUAUUUCUGCCAGCAAGAACAUUUCUGGUGAGGUGCCAGAGGGUAUAAAAGCAGAACCGUUGACCCCCACGGAGGAGGCAUUACCACCCAGCCUGUCGGGACAGGCCAAGCCUGAGGAAAGUGACUGUCACAGAAAAAUAGAGACUUGUGGCUCCCGGAAAUCUGAGAGGUCUUGCAAAGGUGCUCUUUAUAAAACCCUGGUGUCUGAAGGCAUGCUCACCUCUCUGCGAGCUAAUGUUGACAGAGGGAAACGAAGCUCAGGAAAAGGAAACUCCUCUGACCAUGAAGGGUGUUGGAAUGAAGAAAGCUGGACGUUUAACCAGAGUGGGACCAGUGGGAGCAAGAAGUUCAAGAAGACAAAGCCAAAGGAAGAUUCUCUCCUUGGAACAAAGAAUAGUAGCUCAUUUCACAUGGUCUGGCACCGAGUUUCCUCGGUGUCCCUUCUCUGGAGAGAACACAGUGAUCCUCUCGUGAUGAAUUUCCCUUUCGCCACAGAUGACAAACCAAAGGAGCAGCUGCAGAGGAGUCUCCCAAAAGUGACCGAGACAGGCUGCCAUGACGAAGGCUGCCACAACCCCGAGGCCGCGGAGACACGGAGCAGCACUCCGGAGAUGCCAGCCGUGUCUGCGUUCUUCAGUCUUGCCGCGCUGGCAGAAGUGGCCGCCAUGGAAAAUGUGCACAGAGGUCAGAGGUCAACUCCGCUCACGCACGACGGACAGCCAAAAGAAAUGCCCCAGGCUCCUGUACUUAUUUCCUGCGCUGACCAGUGAAGCGCCCUUUAGUUGUAAAACAUUGUGCUUUACCUACUACCCUAGCCUUGUCUUUACCGAGGGAUGCUAGCGAGUCCGUGUGGUGGGAAAGACAGACUGCGAACAAGUGCUCGUUGCCCUGCGUGGCCCAGAUUCACUUGAAGCGGAAGUUAGCAUCCUGGGCCAGUGUGUUCUCUUGGAACCUAGAGCCUCUGAGGGUGAUGUUAUCUGUCUGGUAAUGAGCAGAAACGGCAUGAUCCUGGAGCUUUGCUUUCUAUUGAAGGCUUUUGACGGUAAUAGGUGGUAACUUGGUAAGAGGCUGCCUUUACUGUAGCUCAUCCAGCAUCUCUUUUACCAACCAGAGAGUGUGAAACUAGUUUCGUAUAUUACCUAGUUAUUCUUUCAAAACAAAAACAAAACAAAAAAACAAAAACUGACGCACUGCACUAGUUAUUAUUAGAUAUUCUUAGUCUUUUUUGUACAUGGAGAUUUAAGUUCUAAGAUGGUUUAUAUAAUAGGUUAUACCUACAUUUAUAUUGUAGAAUAAUAUUAAAAAGCCUGUUCCAGAGACUCCCAAGCAGCACGGGCAGGCAGAUGUACCAUUGUUAGCGGUGUAUGCUCGGCCUCGUGGUCCAUAUAUUCUGCACUUUUAUAUAUUUGCCACCAGAGUGGUAGUUUGCUGGCAAAAAAAGAGAGAGAGAAAGAGAAAAAAUUAGAAUUCUUACAAGCUGAAUUUUUUUUCUUAGCCUUGAGUGACCAAGAAGAAUUUGCUUGGGGCACAUUGUGGCAAAUAUUUUCCCAGACAGGGGAAGAGUCCUGCAGAUUACAGAAUACUGAUGUUUUCAUGCCUUGAGGAUUCUUUUAUUUUUUACACAGGGGUCUAAGUGACCAAUGGAUCGUUCAUACAAACAAAAAAAAAAAAAAAAAGAAAAAUAUUAUUCAGAAGUGACCUUAGUAUUACUUCACUAUUCUGAACACAUUGAAGACACUCACUUCAUGUGGACUUUGAGCUACAGACCUUUUCCAUCCAUCCCCAACAGACUGGACGGGUAGCAGCCGCUAUGCACAGCCUGAUUACCACUGCAGGGUUCUAGAGCCAUUUCGAGUUGUGUGUUGUGAAGGAGGUAUGGAAUAAAUGAUGAGGGAGGUAUGCUUGACCAGGGUGGGAGUCUUAGUCAUAGAGCCACCUGCAAGUUUGUUUCCUUUCUGUGUUCUGUUGCUUUUGGACAUUAAACCAACCGUACACAUGCCAGUGCCAAGCGGAUUACCUGGCUUAUUAGAACGUUCGACAUAUUGACUUAACCACCUGACAUUCACAGUGUCUUGUUUCCUAGCAACACAUGCAGAGUGAUAGAAUUAGCCGGAGGCUACCGAUUUUACAGGGUAUUUGUCCAUAGCACAGAGUGUAUCCCCACUCUCGCAUCGCAGCACAAACUACCAAAUUUUAAUUAUUGGAUUCCAGCAAUAAUUUUUAUUGGUUUUCAAACUGGCAGAAUUUUGAUAGCGUUAGUUCGAGUUCAAAGCUUUUGAAUUAGAUCUCUACAUGGUAACAGUUUACAAGGUUUUAUCUAGCUUUCUUAUUUAUACUUGACUCAAUUGUAAUGAUGAUUUUUUUUUUUCUAAUUGUAAUUUGACCUAAUAGCCAUACAAAAAAAAAAAAAAAUGACUCUGUUAGUACUGACUAGGUUUAGCUUUCCAUAGUUGUAGAUAUUACUUCAGUUUCGGUGCUGGAAAAUAUGUACAACAUACUAACAGAAUUGAAAAAGAAUAUAGGGAUUUGGUUUGUUUGUUGUUGUUUUUUUUUUUUUUCAAAGCAGGUAAAGAGGGCAGCAGAGCAUUGGAACGGUGUCCUCAAAAAUGCAUAAUCAUUGUGGGCAUGGAGGAAGAAGGAAAUAGUAAGCUAGGUUAGUCAGAGGUUAAAGCUUAACCCUAUUCACAUAGAAAUAAAUCAGGUGAGCAGCCCCAGAUUUUAGUGUAAGAUUUUUACUAUGAUGCUGUUUUAUUAAGAUUUUCUAAACUUCAAAACACAAAGUGAAUGUUUGAAAAUUGCUGGGUCCCGGUGUUGGUGGCUGUUGGAGUUUUUGGACCACUUGCUAGCAGUGAUUUAGAAAUUAUAAUUAGCUAAAAAUCCAAAAGAAAAACCAACAACAAAAAUUGUUUGGUGCAGAACAUGCACCUUGACAAUGGUACUAACUUGUUAUUCUAUAGAACACGUUAGAAUAGAUCUAUUUUUGCCAGAGCACCCUCCGUCAGUCCUCCAGUUACAUUUCACUAGAUUUCCUUAAGAGAUUGCUGUAUAUUCAUGGGACCUUUUUUAAAAAGAAGCAAAACAAAAGAUUACUUUUUUCUAUGUGAUUAAUAUCUUACUUGAUCUGCUUUUCCUAAACCUCAGUGGCUUUUCCCUUAGGCAGGGGUGGGGUGGGAGGGCAAUCUACUGGAUAUGACUGUUUUCAGAUACUUUAAAAAAAAAAAAAACCUUUUUGUAGAAAUGCUUAAUUUUUAAGCGGUUAGGCACUGAGAGUAGCAGAAAUCCUGCAAAGCUUUAUAGUCCUUUAGACACUCGCCUUGUUCCUCUGAGUGAAGUCUUGAUUUCAAUAAUAGUGCUUUUCUCAUGCCCUGAAUCCGCUGGAGAGGGGUGUUGGUAUUUUCAGGUAACAACAUUUGUUAGCACAAAUAUUUCAGACCAACUUGUAGUGCCCCCCCAUCUAUCAUUUUCAUUUCAUUUCUCUCAUUCUUUUAUAUUUUGGAAAAUCAUAUUGCUAUGGUGUGUACUUUAAUCUGCCAGCAAACACCAUCGACACUAACAUUUGUCCCACAAGCAUCCUCAAGAGAAAAAGUUGUUGCACCUUAUGUAUAUCUCAAGCAAACCAAAAUAUGAUGCUUUUCUGCUUUGUUUUAUUCUAAAUUGUUGUAUCAUAUCUUUCUGAAAAACCAUUCUGAAUCUAGUUGAAAUUAUCGAUAUUUAUGCUUUUAACCUUAAUUUCUGGAUUCAAACCUGUAUAUAAAUCUUUUGAAAAAAAUUGUCCUAGCCCUUCUCUGUGAUGCCGAAGUGGAUGAUUUCGUCUCAGAUGGAGACGCAGUACUGUUCCAGUUUCUUUAGCCUUUUAUUUAUUUAGUUAUUCUGGGUAUUUUCCUAUGUAAUUUUGAAGUGUGUAGAGUAUAUUAUAGUAACUGAAGCUGCAGCUCUAUGAAGCUGAGUGAAAGAAGAAAAAUACUGUAAGACAUCCUUCUUAAGUUUUUAUUCCUUUGAAUAACUGUAAUGAGAUCAGGAAAAGGAAAAAUGUCCCCCAGCCACAUUGAUGAUACAGGUUCUUAUCCCCAAAUUAGGUUAGUUCCCAGAUUUUAGAUCAAAACGUAAUUCGUCAAAGCCCUUUUAUAAGGAUAAGUCAUACUGUUGUGAUUCUGACGGUCUUUUCCCCACAAAUACCAGAACUGUGUUCAUUGAGUUCUGUCAGAUGAGCUUUCUACCAAUGCCAGCUCAAAGCCAUGCUGAAAUCAUUCCCACAUUAUCACUGAUUCUAGUUCCUGCCAUUAAAACUGCUGGAGAAAAAGAAAAAAAAAAAGGUGGAACACUCUGAACAAAAAGGAGCAUCUGAACUGGUCUGGUUAUUUAUAUUCCAACAGGUUUAUUCCCUGUCACUUUGUUACCCAGUCAGAUGCUAUUCUGCCUAAGUCCUAGAAAAUUUUGUUUGCACUCUGCAGUCUUUGGCUCAUCGUAUGGAAAAGUUUGCACCUCUGUAAAAUCUCAAGCAAAUUAUAAAUUGAUACAGUGAACCAGGAGUAAGCCGGAAACUGAAUGACAUGUUUUGUUUGUUCGGGGUGGGGAUGGGGGGAGGGAAGGAGGGUAUCCAAUAACUCUGUUCCAAGUUUGGCGUUUGGCAUUAAUGUGAAGCAGUGGGACCGUGCUGCCUGCUGAACUACUGUAUGAAUUCCAAGCGUUCUGGAGGCCGGCGGCCGGCGACCACACAGCAGAAGGGAAGUGCCACCGCCUCGCCGGGGAGAAGGAAGGAAGUCCAGCAAGGCCUGGAACCGCCCCUUUGUAAAGGGGGAGUCGAGGUGUCCGUGAUGCUGUUGUGAUGCUGUUGAGGAGACUCGCCUUUGAUUGCACUGCUCCCUCGGGCCCUCACGUGAGGCCAAUCCUAACGGGCGACCUCAGCUUCAAAAGUUCUUUUCAGUAAGUCCUGUUGGCGAGCUUUGUCCUUCCUUGCUCCUCCCUUCAGUGCCACUGUUUCCCACUGCAGUGUGAUUUCCCAGACCGCCUUCUCCAGAGAGAACAAUGUAUUGCUGAAAAUGGGCAGUAGAAGCAAAUGUCAUUACUACAUCUGACCUAUAAAGUAUUCAGAGUGACUGCUAGGUGGAAAUUAAAUUUUAGCUUUCCCCACAUAGGACCUUGUUUUGCACCUUACACAGAGUGUACUAAUUGUUAAUUAGCUGUUGUUUUUAUUUAUACAAGCAUUCCCAAAGAACUAGAUUUGGAUUUUGUUUUUAUUUGAGUUUUGGGAUUUUUUUUUUUUAAUUAUCUUAUUUAGAUUGACUAACAUCGUACUUAUAAUAAGAAACAGUUGUUCAGUUUAUCUUACCAGGUAUGUCUGGUGAAGUAUUCAGGGUUUGAUGGACUGCUUUGCUUUAGUGUGGAAAUGAUAGCUAAGUUUAUUAUACUCCAUAUUAAAACACCUUGUCCUGUUCACUGGGGACACUAUUUUCUUUACAUCUCAGAUGAAAGAAGUGACAAAAUAAUGAAUAACAAGACAAAUCUGUUUGACUCCCCUGAUACACCUCCAUCUGUUUGUGCUAUGCUUUCCUUAAAAAAAUAGAAGUAUACAUUUUCCUCACACCCAAAAAAGAGUGUCCUCUCCUGGCCAAAUCUUAUUUGUGGUGGUAGGACUUAUGCUAAUAAAUUGAAAGGAGGAAACCUUGUACUAAGUUCUAUGGCCACCGUUUCCUUGUUGCAGUCCGUGGUCAGAAUUGAUCCUGCCCUCAAAUCGAUUUUUGUGCGCAGAACUAGUUAUCGUGAGAAUUACUACUCCUUCCAAAGAUCGCCCAGUACCUUGGGCCAGAACCGGUUACCGCGAGUAACAAGGACCUAAUUCGAUGCCUCCACACCCUCCCACCCGCACUGCAAAUCAUACCUCACAGGCUCUAACCUGAAUCCCAGAGGCACGUGGGUUUUGCGAACUAACACCGCUGUCCCUUUGCAGCCCCCAGGGGCUGGCUCGUGUCCCCUGACGCCUCACGUUAGUGCCUCGGCUGUGAGAGCAGCAGAACUGGGGGUGAGGCAGGUUUGUGACCUGGAGCUCAGCACGUGCUCAGCAACGUUCUUCUCAUUUCCUUCGCACUAAACAAGUCUCUUGCUCUCAGGAAUUUGUCCAAAAGAAAAAAAUAAAAACACCUGAGAUUCCAUGUACCAGAUUAUGAACUUUUCUCAUAGGUUUGAAUUGCUUACUUACAUGUCAUAAAUUAACCGUAGCUUCAUUUGACCACCGGGUCUGAAGUCUGUUGACAGUUUCAGCAUGACUGAAUCGCUCAUUUUUUUGCUUUCAGAAAUUGGCUUGGUUCUCUUUAGAGUUGGUGUAAACAUGCCAUGUAAUAAAUGAUUUCCACUUAAUGGUACAACAGAAUUAUUGCUUUCUUAGAUGUAUGUGUAGUAAAAGUCAAUAUACACAUUUAUAUAAUUUCUUUCUUCAAAAUCUUAUACUUAAUUUGAUAUCUCUAAAAAUUGCACAUGUAAGUCAUGUGUAUAACAUGCUAAAGUACUUUAACUGUGAUCUUAAAACUGAAUAAAAAUAUUUAAUAAAAAUUUGAAAUAUUUUAAA